AUGGAAACUACAUUUAAAAAACAUCUUGUUAAGUUAUCAAAUAACAAUGUUAUCGAAAUUUUGCGAAGACAGGAACUAAAUCUAGACGAAAUAGAUUUAGAAAUAUUAAAAAAGUCAAAGAUUUCCGGAGCUAGUUUGUUGUUAUUCCAAAAAGAAGAUUUUUAUAGAAAUGGUAUGGCGACAGGUCCAACACUAGCAAUUAUGGAAUUUAUACAAAAAUUAAAAACAGGAUCUUAUCGCGAAUCUAAUGAAAUCGCUUUUCAUACGGCUAUUGAGGUGCUAUUAAGAAAUAUUUCCAUAAGAUAUAUUUCUGAAUUACAACUAAUUACGAAAUAUAAAGAAAAUUCGCAAAAUUGUGAGAUUACUUAUGGUUCUUCAGAUAUUUUUUUACCUGAUAAUAAUUUAGGACAAGAUUGUGUUGUAAUUGAAUUAAAAUUAUUUAAUUUAAUUGGACUUUAUUCUGGAAAUUUGUAUACAUGUCAAUGGAAAGAAAUUAUACUUAUUGGUGUUGAAAGUGGAUAUGAACAAUUAAGCAAAUACAUUAAUGUAAUCAGUAAAGGUAAAGGUAAAGUUUAUAAUGAUGGAGUUGGUGUAGCAGAUAAUAGAAUAACAGGUUAA